GAGUCGAGUUGAACCCGACUCGAACGGAUUCGAGUUUAUUCAGUUUACUCAGUUGGUGCAACGCGGGUCGGCAUUGUGGGUCUUUCGUCAGCGGAGUAAUACCACCGAUCGGUUAUAUAUUUUUUUAAUGUGAUCCUAAAAUGAGCUAAGCCCCAGAAAUGCUAGCCAUAAACACUCUGAGCCUGUUGGGCCUUUUUGGCCUGGUCAAGAGCUACCAGAGCCACCAGCCCCUGCUGCGGAAUAUCAUUAAAGUACGAGCCAGUGGCUUCAUGCCCUUCGAAUCGGAUCUGCUGCUGCCUUUGGGGAUCCUUCGGCAACUGCAGUCGCAGGAUCGGUCUUCGCGUUUCAUGGCCCAGAGGCCGAAGCCAACCUUUCGUCCAAAACCCAUCCGGCAACAGGUGCGACUGGAGAGAGCCCAUCCCCUGCGGGAGGCCAAGGGUGUCCAGCUCUACAACCUGAUCGACGACGAUGGGGAGCUGCUUCUCAACCUGAAGGUCCACCAGGAGCCGCCGAAGAUCCUCCCGCCGGAGGAUAAGAUUCCGUAUCACAACAAGUACCAUCAGGACUACGAUUCGCCGUGGCUGCCCUCGAAAUGGCGACCCACCAGCGAGUACCCUUUGGCGGUGACCUCCUCCUCGCCACGCCCACUGCCCCUGCACCAGUAUCUGAGCAACAGUAAUCGCAUCGAGCCGAGUCCUGCGAAACGAAGGCGCCAGGACAUCUGGCCGCACAAGUAACAAGCAAUCAGACAGGAGCUGGUUCUAUAAUUAAAUAUUAAAUCAUAAUUAUAUUAUAAUUCUUAAUUUAAACACUUGAAUAAUCCAUAAGAUUUGGGAAUGUAUCUGCGAGAUACACGAGCUCCACUCUGAAGAGGUCAUCGAGCUACUGACAAUUAAGAAGACGAGGUGAUUAUGCUAAUUUCCCAUUUGGUUCAUCGAUUGAGUUGAAAGUGAAAAUAAAAAUGAAAAUAAAACAGAAACUGAAUCUGAAAAAAUAAGAAACAAAAACAGUUUGAAAGUAAGUCUAUUGAAAGCCGAAAUGCUAAUUCUUUUAUUUUUAUGAUCUGUGAAUCAAGUUUCGAUUUAAAAUCUCUUGUCGCACAUUUCUGAGAUUUAUUGAUACACAAAUACUUGACUUUUUCUAUUUUUUAGCUACACUCCUAAAAAAAAAGCCUAAAAACUUAUAUUUUAAAUGUAAUAGAAUUUCAACUAAAAGCUCAUUUUUUUAACUGAUAUUUUUAACUCAUAGAUCUAAUCAUUUGGGAACUAUUAACAUCAAAAUUAAUUUAAAAAACGCAAUUCAAUGGUAAAAAUAUAUAAUUUUUAGAAUUAAACUAAAAAUAUAAAUAUUUAUAUCAGUUCUAAGAUUAUUUAUUCAUUUUUCAAGUAGUUUCCAAUAUUUAUGGAUCAUAAUCUUUAAAAUGCCUUUAUCUCUUUUAGUUUUCAAUAUUUGAAUUAAAUUUUCUUGAUUUUAAUUUAAAUUUUCAUUAAAAACAUCUUUUUAGAUAGAUCUUUUUAUA